AUGGAUCAGGGAGCCACCUUGCGACAUUUUGCCAAGAGGGUGAGCAUUGCUCACAUUCCGUUCGAGAAUAUUGGUAAGAGGAACCUUUUUGUACCAUUACUUAUGUAUCCGAAUCAUUGUUAUGCUGGUUGUCACAACAAUACAAUAAGAGUUUGGAAUCAGGCUUCGGUACCUCAAAAUUUGCAGGGAAUGGGAUACGCAGCACACUUAGCUCUUCCUCAUCCUCCUGCGCAGUGCGCUCAGAUUGCAACUUAUGUUGAGAACACAACUUUCUCAGGUGGUUAUCCAGCUGUAUCUUAUGCUGCUGCAGAAAUCGACUUUCAUCGGCAUCCGAAUUUUACGUCUCAGGCUCCACAAUGGGCGCAAUCUGGUCAUCAACAAUGUGUGAUCGCACCGCAAUAUGGGCGCUCGAUUACGGGUUGUUACGAGCAACAACGUCCGAAUGUGCCUAAUAUCACCCGUCCUACACUUACCAUGAAUACUGAUAACAGCGACAAUACUUUCCAUGGUCUAUCCAUCCUGGAAAAUGCUACUCAAAAUUCUGCCGCUGCAUAUACGGCAAGUUGGGUUAGCAGUACCUCGAGUAUUCCACCUGAAUUAAGAGACGAACCUGAAGUCCCUUCAUUUAUAGGGUCAGCACAUCAGGAUUUCCACGAUCAUCUUGUUACUGUCGCUUCUACAAAUUUUACUGCACCAGUUAGUUCAGUCACGGAACAAUUGAGCAAUAUCUCUGUACGCGACAAGGGUCAGCUCAUGGUUAUGUAUAAACCACCUGAAUCCAACCCCACGGUAGACAACAAGUUUCGAGUUUUCGAGAACGAGUUCGCAACAUCGGUGUAUUCCGUUUUGGAGCGUUUCUCGAGAAAACACGUAAAUUUCAAUCUCACUGUCGCGCAACGUCGAGGUCUACGUGAGAUUCGCAAUCUUAUUACAGCUGGAGAGAUCAAGGAUGACAGUCUAUAUGUCGCAUCUUCCGCCAAUGAGUUUAGAAAGCAAUAUCGCCGCCUAAACAGGGUUUGGGUAGAAACGGCUGGAACAGCAGGGCUCCCAAAAAACUUUAUUACGCGUCUCAAGAACGACUUGCCCGCAUGUCCAGUCCUAUACACGCUAAUCAAAACUCACAAGCUCUCUGAAAAUGGCCUCACUUCGAACGAUCCACGUGACUUUAAAGUGAGGCCUAUCACUAGUGUUAUCGGGGGCCCCACGGAUAGAAUUUCCUGGCUGCUCAACAUAAUCCUAAAUCAGCUGCUCAAAUAUGUCCCUGCCCACCUCAGCAGUUCUAGCAACUUCCUAAAACAUCUCCGCAGUACCUCAUUUGAGCGUGAAUGUGUAGUAGAGACCUUUGACGUUACGUCACUCUAUACGAACGUUUCAAACGAUGUAGCGAUGCAGGCUGUUCACGAACUGCUCACGCAGCGCCAGGCUUCUUUGAACAUGUAUGGAUUCAGCAUCAGGCAGAUCAUGACAUUGAUAAACGAAUGCCUGAAUUGCUCUAUUUUCCGAUGGUCGGGACAGUACUACCGACAACUUAGAGGCCUAGCUAUGGGACAAAGGCUGGCACCCACUCUCGCCAUUGUUUUCAUGGCCAAGAUCGAAAAGCCUAUAAUAGACCGCAAACCACUGCUGUAUUGUCGUUACAUAGAUGAUUGCUGCGUCGUCUGCUCAACCCAAGCAGACGUGUGCUUCAAUCUUCUCAAUCAGCAGUGUCCGCACAUUAAGUUCACAAGGGAGAGACCGAUAGACAACUGGUUGGCUUUCCUGAAUAUGCACAUUUACUUGCGGAAUGGGAUAUCGCAUCCCAGCAAAAUGAAAAACUCUGUUAUAGGUAACAUGUACAGAACGGCGGCAAGAGUCUCAUCGAGUAGCCAGGAAAAAGCAUGGUCUAUAAAUGUGGCCCAUAAAGUAGCAAUGUCCAAUGGGUACCCAGCUGGAGGUGGUGCUACCCGACAAGCACGGUAUCCCUCUCGAAGACCCAACGUAGUGGAUGGCCCAGAGAAGAUCCCUUUCUGUUUACCUUAUAUAUCUGAUGAUAUGAGCAGAGCAGUACGGGGCUGUCUACGAAAAGCGGGUCUAAGGAAUGACGUGAGGGUUGUGGAAAUACCUCCAGCAAACCUCAAGGGUCAGCUGGUACGUAACCGUGUGUAUGAUCGACUCUGCACAACUCCCAGCUGCGUGGUUUGCCCGUAUGGCAGAGAGGGUGAUUGCAUGAUAUCGGGAGUGGUGUAUCGUAUCACGUGCAGGUUGUGCGGUGACGAUUAUAUAGGGGAAACGGGACGCCCAUUGUGUAUUAGGGUCAAGGAGCAUCUAGAUGGACUCGCAAAAUCAAAAACCUUCACCCCACUUGGAGCACACCGUAGAAUAUGUCAUCCAAACUCCGAAGUAGAGGUAUAUGUUCGUAUAUUAUCCUACGAGUCCGAAAUCACAGCACGCAGAACGCUAGAGGGCUUUUGGAUAAGCGCCAAAAGUCCAAAAAUGAACAGGAAGGAUGAGUGCAUUGCGAUCACAAACGAGUUAUCCCCGUAUCAAGACCUAUGCUCUGACGAAGGCGAUAUCGCCGAAACGUUAGCCGCUGUUUAA